AUGUCAACACUCACUUCCCCGAGAGGGAAGGUGGAAGUGGUUCAUUGCCGGAGAACAGAGUCACAGGAUAUUAACUGUAUUAAAAGCCUCAUUCGAAAAUUUACCGAGAAGCUGUUUGGGAGGCUUAAUAUCAUCUAUCUUCUAGAAAAGGCAAACCUUGCUAUUACCCUCUGCAAUGACAAGGAGGAGAUCAUGGCCCAGGCCACCUUCCUGGACUAUCCCAACUGGAAUGUUGCCAAGCAGGAUGACUGGGUGUCAGUAUUCCGGGAGCUCGACAAUGAAAUCCCAUGCACACCUCUGAAUACAUUGUUCAUGCACCUCUUUGCAGCCGUGGAUGAGUUUUCCGUUGGCUGUUGCAAGGAGAUUAUUCGGGUGGAAGAUCAUGAUGAUCUCAUGCCAGUAUUUAUGCACCAUGACACACUUCUGAAGCAAACUUAUGGAGAAUACUUCCUGGCCGAACUGAUAGAGGCCCAAGACGAAGAGAAUCAUGCUGUCGUGUGUGAGGUUGGUGUCUAAUCCACCCAGGGAUGUGCUUUCUGAGCGAGUGAGAUAAAUGAGUGACAUUGCUCCUUGUU